AUGGCGAGUAAUUCAUUUCAUAACGUAAAUAAUAAUUUAUUCUUCACUGAAGAACAAAUUAAUAGAACCAAAUUAAACGAAUCAAAUAAGGAACUUAUUAUUAAAAAUGAAACAUUUGUUGUAAGUGAUACAAUAGAAUAUGAUCCAUUUAAAAAAGAACAUGGUGUAAUGGAACAUGAAGCAAUUAAAGAAGAAAUACUAGAAGAAACUGAUAUUACGAUGGAGCAUGGAAGAAUUUUUUUAAAUGAUCCGUUAUUUAAUAACAAAUAUGGACUUGUUAAACUUGAAAGGCAAAUAAACACUGAAUUAAAUAUUAAAGACGAAAUAUUUGAUGAAAAAGUGUUAGAAUACAAUGAAGAAAAACCUUCAAGGUGUGAAGUUUUUGAUAAAACAUUUAAGCAACAAAAUUUAAAUGAUCAUAAACGAAUCAAUAAUGGAGAAAAACCUUUUUCAUGUGAAGUGUGUGACAAAAAAUUUACUACGAAAGGCAAUUUAGUUAUACAUAUACGAACUCAUACUGGAGAAAAACCAUUUAAUUGUGAAAUUUGUGAUAAGUCAUUUACUAAAAAAGGAGAUUUAAUUAAACAUAAUCGAAUUCAUACUGGAGAAAAACCUUUUUCAUGCGAAGUUUGUGGUAAAUUAUUUUCUAUUAAAAGCAGUUUAAUUCGACAUAAACGAACUCAUACUGGGGAAAAACCCUUUUCAUGCGAAGUUUGCGAUAAAAAAUUUAUUCAGUGGUGCAGUUUAAAUCAACACAAACGAACUCAUACUGGAGAAAAACCCUUUUCAUGUGAAAUUUGUGAUAAAACUUAUAUUAGUAAACAUAAUUUAACUGAACAUAAACGAACUCAUACCGGAGAAAAACCUUUUUCGUGUGAAGUGUGUGAUAAGACAUUUUCUAAAACAAGCACUUUAGCUACACAUAAACGAACUCAUACUGGAGAAAAACCUUUUUCGUGUGAAAUGUGUGAUAAAUCAUUUACUCAGAAAAAAAAUUUACGUAAACAUAAACUAAUUCACACCGAACACUUGCGACAAAUUAAACUUGAAAACGAAUCAAAUGCAGAACUUACUAUUAAAAACGAAAUAUUUGAUGAAAAUGAUACAACAGAAUAUAAACCAAUUAAAAAAGAAGAAUCGUACGAAAAUGAUCUUACGAUAGAGAAUAAAUAUGAACGUAAAAUAUUUGAGGAAAAUGAUACAAAAGAAUAUGAGUCUAUUAAAGAUGAAGAACCUUUCGAAAAUAAUGUUACGAUAGAAAGAAAAACCUUCUCAUGUGAAGUAUGUGAUAAAACAUUUACGUUAAAGAGCAAUUUAGUUACACAUCAACGAAUUCAUACUAAGGAAAAACCAUUUUCCUGUGAUUUUUGUGAUAAAUCAUUUUCUACUAAAGACGUUUUAAUUAAACAUAAUCGAACUCAUACUGGAGAAAAGCCUUUUUCUUGUGAAGUGUGUGAUAAAGCAUUUACUCAAAAAAACAGUUUAAUUAUACAUAAACGGACUCAUACUGGAGAAAAACCCUUCUCAUGUGAAAUUUGUGAAAAAAAUUUUAACAACAAACAUACAUUAAUUGAACAUAAACGAACUCAUACUGGAGAAAAACCUUUUUCAUGUAAUGUGUGUGAUAAAAAAUUUACUAAGAAAAACAAUUUAAUUAUACAUAUACGAACUCAUACUGGGGAAAAACCAUUUAUUUGUGAAAUUUGUGACAAGUCAUUUACUAAAAAAGAAGAUUUGAUUAAACAUAAUCGAAUUCAUACGGGAGAAAAACCUUUUUCGUGCGAAGUGUGUGAUAAAUCAUUUGCUGAUAAAAGCAGCUUAAUUCGACAUAAACGAACUCAUACUGGGGAAAAACCUUUUACAUGCGAAAUUUGUGAUAAAACAUUUAUUCAGAGGUGUAGUUUAAAUCAACAUAAACGAACUCAUACUGGAGAAAAACCUUUUUCCUGUGAAGUGUGUGAUAAAUCAUUUACCCAGAAUAAAAAUUUACGUAAACAUAAAUUAAUUCACACCGCACACAUUCUUAACUAGCAAAAAAAGGAAGUUUUCACUUAAAUUGGACCAAAGAAAACUCUACUACGAGCUUAAAUUAUCCAUUACAGUUCAUGUGAAGUGUGUGAUAAAUCAUUUACUAAGAAAAACAUAUAAUCGAAUUUAUACCUGGAAAUUAUUUUACAAUAAAUUUUAAGUAUAUAUCAAUAUCAUCUCCUGUUUAUACCUCAAAAUCAUGCACAUCAGGUUUAAUUUUUUUUACCCGACUAUACAAUGGCGAGGGUUAUGUGUUUGGUCCAUAUGUAUGUUCAUCUGUUCCCACCUAGCUUCUAAACUACUUAUCAUAAUUUGACAAAUGAGGUAUCGCUAGAAGCGUCUUGAUUGCCCGCUGGUUAUAGGCUAUGUGCCGCCACGCUAAAUUG